AAACAAAUAAUGAAAUGACACAAAAAUAAAAUAUAACAAUGGAAGUGAACGUGAAAGAAGAGCUACAGUUUGACACUUUAGAGUUCCUCGAAGAAUCUGUCCAGUGCUGUUUACUAUGUCCUGAUAUUAAGUCCAUUCUCAAUUCCCUUGCAGAUCAUGUUAAGAAAUUUCAUUACGAUGCCUACACAUCAAUCCAGAGCCUCACCACAAAACUAUGUGAUUGCAAUGAAGUCCUACAGCUCCAAAUCCACCUAGUCAACCACCUCAUUUCCUCAGUAAUCUCAAAAGACACGAAACUUGAAGCACUUACAAAUCCCAUCGAAUAUGACAGCCUAGACAUCGAAAAGGCAAAAGACAUUGAGGAUGAACCUGAAUCAUCAACAGAAUCAGAUAUUGAAGAUCUACUUCCAAAAACAACGAAAAAACGAGGUCGAAAACCAAAACAAUUAAAACUGCCUGAAAAUGUGCCCAAAAGUACAUCAGCAUCGUACCUUCCGCCAAUAAGGCACAGCCAGUUCAUGACUGAGCCACAAUUUCCGUGUGACUAUUGUCCAAAAAUUUUAUACACAAAAAGUGGCUUGUCUAAGCAUUACAACAUGAUGCACAAUCCAGAUAAUAAGUUUAAAUGCACAAGAUGCUCGGCUGGACAUUGCAAUACUCUCAAGAAUCUACAUGCUCAUAUGAGGGCACACGAGGAUGUUCGAUUAGAUACAAAAGUAUGCAGGAAAUGCGAUAAAAAGUUCCAGACAGAAAAGCAACUUUAUCAUCACAUGCUGCUGCAUAGAGAGAAGCUACUCGAAUGUGAUCAUUGUGGGAUGAGAUUUAAUAUGAAGCAGCCACUGCAGAAGCACAUCUUCACCCAUUUUGACAUUAAAAUUCACCGAGACAAUGAAAUAAAGAGUUUGUGUGAAAUUUGCUCAAAAUGGGUGACGUCAUCGAGAAUGAAAAGACAUUUAGGUACGCAUUUUACAGACUGCAAGUCAACCUACAAAUGUGACCAUCCAGGAUGUGAUAAAGCAUUUACAGAAGUCAGGAAUCUCCAAGAUCAUCAAAAUAUGCACAAAAAUUUAAAGCCUUACGUCUGUGAAUUUUGCAAUAUGGCAUUCAGGCAUAGAGCUGCUUUAAGACAGCAUAGGAUGAGACACACAGAACCUGAAAAGCACAAAUGUGAAGUCUGCAUGGAAUGUUUUGUGACAAAUCAAAGUUUAAGGAAGCACAUGACGAGACAGCAUCAGGAUGUUGGGAAGGAUGUGAGGUCAUUUGCUUGUGACUAUGAAGGAUGCAAUUCGAUAUUUAAGUACGAGGAUUUUCUGUUCAGGCACAAGAAGGAUGUUCAUAAUCCAAAACCUCAAAUCGAGAGACAGUGUGAACAUUGCAGCUAUACAGCACACAACACAAAAAACUACUUCCAACACAUGAGACGGUCACACAACAUAAGGAAGCGAAUAAACAAUCGAGUCUUUCCAACAUCAGCUGCUUUGGAAAUUGAGGGUGGGGAAUAUUCAUAAAUUGUAGGAAAAUAAAACAAUUU